GCCAAGACCGGGUUCAUUUCAAACCUACCAUUCUUUCCUGUUUCCUCCUCAGCUCUCAAAACUUUACCCAAACUCCCAUCCCAAAGUCUUAUCUGUAGAAGAUUCUUAGAUUAUUUUAACUAUUGAAUAUCUUCUCUAGGGUUUGCAUAAUCACCCAAUGGAUUCAUCUGGUUCCAACAUGGUAAACAUUUUCGACAUCUAUAGAAGAUAUUGUGAUAUUAGGUCAAGAAGUGGACAUGAAAAUGCAAAGGAGGAAUUAAAUCUUCUUUUGAAGUUAAUAGAGUCGAAAAGGAUGAUGGGUUCCUUGUCCUUGAAUUCAAUUUUCGGUGAGCUUCAUGGGCUCAUGUCACACCUGGACUUGAUGGCAGAUUCUUUUCAAUUCACAUGCUUCUAUGGUUUUGUAUUUUUCAUGUGUCGGGAGAAUGGACAAAGGAACAUCACUAUAAGUAAGGCCAUAACAGCUUGGAAAUUAGUUUUAAGUGGUAGGUUUAGACUGCUUAACCAGUGGUGCGAUUUUGUCGAGAAACAUCAACGGCACAAUAUCUCGGAGGAUACAUGGCAUCAAAUCUUGGCCUUCAGCAGGUGUGUCCAUGAAGAUCUUGAGGGCUAUGAUUCUAAAGGUGCUUGGCCUGUUCUUAUAGACGACUUCGUUGCCCACAUGUACAGAAUUACUCGAUCCAACAGUUGUAGCAGUCUGAAUAUUCUUUUGAAAUGUGGUGAUCCAAAAGUGCAAUCAUGCAUAUCUGAUGAUGCUUUCCCUGGACUAGAUAUCUUUUCUGGCUCAAAGAGGAAGUCCUUUUCCUACUCCGGCGAAAUGGAUUCCUUGGAUUCCUGUUCAAACUCUAGAAUUGGAACUUUAUUACAGUGCAAGAGAGGUAGGGAAACUUCCUGGGGCAACCAGCAAGGAACGUCAGAGGCCAAUCAACAAAGAAAUGCCAUGGGUGAUGACUAUAUGGAAAUGGUUAAGCCCGAGAACUCAUUAGAUCCCAGGACUAACUCAAUGUGUGUGGUUGAAGGUAGCUUGUCAAAGGGCUUUGCAGGACUUCUUUCUACAGGUUCUUAUAAACCCUAAAAAUAUCACACCAUUUUUGCACCAUGGUAAAUAUUCUGGUAGGGUCACAAUAUGCAUGUGAAUUGCUAAACGCCAAAGAUAAUUAUAUAGAUGUGAAUUCAUUUUGUUUUUUAAUACUUUUCUGGGCGUUUUGGUUAA